GCCAGUCCACCUGCAGCUUUGUUCGUGAUAUGCAACUGUACAUGAGAAUGUCUGCAGCUAUUAUACCUAAUGAUGCUGCUCCUUAAGCAGAAACCGACGCUAUAGAUAUACUCCUAUUCAUAAACAAAUCAGUAUAUUUGCAUGGUACAUACAUCCUAUACGCAAUGGAGAAACUGUAAAGUCAACAGUGACACUCCGUGUUUCAAUAGCAUAUAAUGAAAGGUAAAGGAAAAGGCAUGCAGGAAUCAAAGGGAGAUUGCUGUCCUCUUCAAUUCCCAGACCUUCAGCCUGUUGACCAUACUAAAGACUGUCCAAAGCUUACUAAUGUUCUAGAAAGGAGUGAGGAGGAUGGGGUGAAUAUUGAUGAGAUAAGCAGUAUCCAGACUGACCUGGAAACGCUGCUGGCAGCUGCAGGCAAGAGGCUGAAGUUGUUGGAGAGUGAGAUUCAGAUCCUGGUCAAUUGGCAGGAUAAGAAAGACAAGAAGCCAACGCCAGGCAAACAGGUAAUGGUGAAAGUUUCUGUCACAGGCAAAAUCUUGGGAUUUAUACCCCCACAUCCGGGCAAGAGAGGGAAGGGAGGAGGCGAGGACAAGCCCAGCAAGAAGUUCAAAGACAGUAAUGGGAAGAGUUCUAGUGUUACCCCACCCCCACCGAGCAGACCUAAGAGUAAAGUCACACAGUCCAAGAAUCAGGAAUUUGAUUUUGUGGACUCUCCAGUGGAUUUGCCCAAAUUGCCAAAGAACGAUGCUGUGAACCGCUUCUGGGUGUCAGUUGAGCCUUAUUGUGGGGAGAUCUCAAAUGAGGAUUUGAAAUUACUGGAGGAAAUACUAAAGUCACAUGAGGACGAGUCUGAGUACUACAAGAUCCCUGCCCUGGGGAAACACUACACUGAGAAGUGGGCAGAGGAGGACCUCAAGGAGGAGCAGAGAGAUGGUGCCAAGAUCAAUGACAAGAAGCGAAAUUCCAACUCCAAUCACAACAACUCUGUCAUGAGUCCCACUGAAACAGCUACAUUGCUCAAGAAGGCUGAAGCAAAUAACCUUGAUGAGUCCCCAUUCGGACACCUGACCCAGCGCCUGGUGGCUGCGCUGAUCGAGGAGAACAUCAUGACCCCUAUAGAUGACUCCCUAGCGGACAUUGCUGGGGGCAAAGAAUCUGCUGAGGAAGCACCUGCCAUCUCCCCACGCAUGCUGGCCAAACAGCUGAACAUUGUUAACCCAGCCCACUUAGAGAGAAGGAUUAAACGAGAGCUUGAAGAACAAGGUUUGAUAGAGAUAGAUGAUAAGGUGGAAGACAACCCAGACGAUGAGAUACUUGCAGAGCUGCGACGCAAGCAGCAAGAACUGAAGGCACUGAGCCAGCGAAAUGUAACAAUCACUAAAACACUGUACAAGCUUGCCAAGGAGGAGAUGGCGAGACAGGAGAUGAGGAAGAAGUUGGCAGCAGCUGAUGCAGAGGUGAUGGAAGCCUAUCGAAAGAUUCAGGCAGCUAAACAGAAGAAGAAAACACCAACAAAGAAGGAAAAAGAUGGAGCACAGAAAGCUUUGAAGGAGAGGGAUGCAAUACUGAAAGCCCUUGAAGUGUGAACAUGGACACAAUUUGACUCCUGUUAUUCAAUUUUGCAGGAAGUAUGAAGAAUGAUUCUGCUGAUUUCUGAUUUCAUCAUCACUGAUUCGUUUGACUGCCAUGAAUGAAUUUUACAUGAGGCAUGAAUGGGCUGCAUCAGGACUUGAUUGAGUCGGUGCCAAGUUGUUCGACAAGGAAGUAUUCUGGGGGUAAAUUACUCUCAGAGGACAUGUAUUGAGUCACAGUGAAAGCUGAGAACAGGAAACAAUCCUAUGUUAGUGUUGAUGUGUAUUAAUGUGUCGGUAACAUACUUUACAGCAGUACGUCCAGGUACAGCUUGUGAUGUGGUUGGUGGAUUAGUCAUUUUCAUUACUUACCAGUCUAUCUUGGCUCAUGAACAUGUUUGUGUGUGUACAAUGUCUUGUAUUAAUCAUGCUAGGUUCUACCACAAGGGGUGGAUGUUUAUAUGGGAUUAUUUGUGUUUGUAUGAUUGUAUGACUGGAAUAUGUACAUAAAUGGUGUAUCAUACA